UUUUUUUUUUUCUUUGUUACAUUAUUAUUGUUAUACUUUUGGUCUUUGAGUCUAUCGUGGACAAAGAAUUACACUAACAAGAUGCAUAGGUGCGGAAACUUUACAAGUGAGUAUUCUUCUCCUUUUCCCAACUUGCUCCCUCCACUCCUUUCCCUCCCCCCCCCCACCCCUCCUCCGAGCUUCGUCAGUCCGACUCCAUGCGACUACACGUGCUUCCAUUUACGAUGGCUCGCCUACGGUCCAAGCAGCUCGUUCCUACCUCGGUCUUGUCACUAACAUUUCUCUGCAAGAAUGCUGGAAGAUCCGUCCUACUCGGAGAUUGUGCGGUGGGGUGAUGAAGGGGACAGUUUCGUCGUCUUGGAGUGCGAGAAAUUUACAAAAACAAUUCUCCCCAAACAUUUCAAACAUAGCAAUUUUGCCAGCUUCGUACGACAACUGAACAAGUAUGAUUUCCACAAAGUGAGACAAAAUAAUGAAGAGAAUGGUCAAUCACCGUAUGGGCAGAAUGCGUGGGAAUUCAAGCAUCCCGAAUUCCGUGCAAACAGCAAAGAAUCACUCGACAAUAUCCGACGGAAGGCGCCCGCCCCUCGCAAACAGACCCAGAGCAACGAGGACUCGGUCCCCACGCAACAGAUCGACCUUUUAAAUUCGCAAAUAUUGGCGCAGCAACAACAAAUUCAACAUCUCUCGGAUCGGUAUGCCCAGUUAACCGUGGACCACCAGAUCAUGCUGCAGGAGGUGAUGAGAGUCCAAAAGACAGUCCUAAACCACGAGCAUGUCAUCCACCAACUGAUGACCUACCUCUUAUCGGUGGAUGCUCGCCAACGGCGAGACAGUAAAGCCUCCGCGCCUUUCCAGGCCCAAGGCCAGGGGGGUUCGACCUUAAGCCCUUCCCAGGUGGCGUCGAUGGACGAUGAACCUUCGUCACCCUUGCAGCAUGCCUCGAAACUUCUCAAUGACAUGAACGCCGAAAUCCAGUUCAAUCUCAGUGGCCUUGAUUCGCUAGGCGAGCCACCAAAGACCGGCCCCGUUGUGGCCCCUACACCCGCACUGGAAACUGCGCCGCGGAAUGGCGUGGUGCGCCCACCGACUGCGGCCGCCACGACCCCCGCAAACCCAGCCAAUCCCGCGAAUGCCGCAACCGCAGCCUUGGUUUAUCCGAAGAUGAAUGGCGAGAUUGAACCGGUCGUGUACCCGGUGGGUGCAACCAAUGGAAUCGAUCCGAUGUAUAGUGAGCACGUCAACAAUGUCCCUUACCCAAUGCCACCCAAACAAGAAGUCGACGAUACUCGAAGGCAGUUCCCAGACAGUCGGAAAAAGAGCACGAAUGUUGAUCCGGGGUGGAUGCGUAGCCCGCAUAUCUUACUGGUCGAAGACGAUGCGACGUGUCGGCAAAUUGGCGGAAAGUUUCUCUAUUCGUUUUCCUGCGUGAUUGAUACUGCUUUUGAUGGACUUGAGGCGGUGAACAAAAUACAGGAUGGCUCGAAAUAUGACCUGAUUCUGAUGGAUAUCAUUAUGCCCAACUUGGACGGUGUCUCGGCGUGUCACCUCAUUCGGCAAUUCGACCGGACACCUAUUAUUGCAAUGACGUCUAACAUUCGAAGUGAUGACAUUCAACUUUACUUCCAACAUGGAAUGGAUGAUGUUCUGCCGAAACCUUUUACGCGAAAGAGUCUUCUGGAUAUGCUGGAGAAGCACUUGGUUCACCUGAAGACUAUUCCGCAAGGCAUGGAAGCAGCCCAACCUACGGCGGCAGUUACAAUGGCUGCACAGAGCUCCGCAGGCCAGUCGGUCAAAGAGGACAGCUCCCCUAGCCAAUCGCCAUCUACAUCAAUCAACAAUUGGCAAACGCCGAGCCAGUUCCAGGGCAUGGCUACUGUUCAUCCUAACCUUCAGCAGGUUCCAGGUCAAUAUGUGCCUGCGGCCCCUCCUGCUGCCGCUGCAUAUGCGGUAGAUCAGAAUGGGGUGCAGUAUCCCACAGCUCCUGUGGCCCUCCCGGCUGCGGCUACAGCUGCAGCACGGCCGCAACAACGACGGCAGGUCUCUGACAUGGCCAGUGCUGCCGAAAACCCCAACCUCGCCAAGCGACCGCGUGUAUAUGCGGCUCAGCCUCAAACGAUGGUCAACCCCGUGCAGGCCGCACGGACCGGCUAAGCGUCGCUUACCUCAAGUCCUGUAUAUUUCCCAACCAACCCACCACCUAUACUGCAUUACUCUCCACCUAUCUUCACUCACUACAUCCCCCUUUCACGAUCGCUAUCUCCGCUAUAUGAAAUCUCUACCCGUACGAUACCGUUGACCCCUGGUGGAUCUUUGAUAACUUACGGCGUUUAUAAGGCUUUUAAUUAUUUAUCUUUUUUGACUUCUUUGCUUCCCCUUGCGGAUACUCUCAGCAGAACUGUUUGUUUCACCGUUGUUUUUCCAUUAUAAAGGGAUAUAAGGGAGUUUUAACUAUAUUAGGUCGGGGCAUCCAGACUGAUUAUUUUUUUUUUUUUUGGGUGGUGUACUUGUUGCUGUAAUUACUUGGACAUGUUACGUGGGUAAAUUGUCCUGUUGAGUGGAAGAUCCACGGUUGGCGCAUUUUUUGCUGUUUCGGAAUUGGAACACAAUUUGAUGGUGCUUAUAUCCUAGCCACACUACCACAAUACAAAACACAACUCAUCCAUUCA